GUCAUUACAAUAGUUGGAUUACCAAUAAGAAACAAGAUCAAAAACAUUUAAAUAAAAAAAAAUAAUAAUAAUAAAAAAAACACUAAACUCCUUAUUUAUUUAUUUUUAUUUUUUUACAAUAAGUUAAGCAGGCAACUAGAAUAGAGAUGAGAGAAGAGCAUACAUGUAUGAGAGAAACCAACCCCCACUUUUGUCUCUUGGUAAGGCAUUCACCUACCCCGCAAGUUCUCCCAUUCUUUGAAAGACCAAAUCCUCACCUACUAUCACUUUUUAAGGGUCUUUUUAGUCUUUUUCUUCAUUUUUAACGUGUUUUCUCUUAAUCCACCAUAUGUGAAUGCAUGAAUUUCCAUUCCUUGUAUCUCACCAUCCCCCUCCACUAAUUCUCCUCCCUAUAUAUUCCUCUUUUUUCUCCUUCACCUAAAUCACUCAACAUUUUCCUUCUUUCUUUGCUUAAUAUUAUCUUCAACAUUUCAAUCAUUUUCCAUAACUACAACGUUACUACUACUACUAAGACUACUGCUUAAUUCUUAUCGUUAUCCUUAUUAAGGCAAUCAUUCAUACCUUUAUUUGUACAUCUUUCAUUUCUUUCAUUGGUUCCUUAAUUUUCUCAUUCAUCCUUCCUUUCGGAAAGCGAAACAGAAUUCGAAACUUCAAUCCUUUGUUCAUUCUCCGCUUCUCAUUACCCAACCAAAAAAAAGUAAUGGGUUCACUUGACCUCAAACAGGAAUCUACCCCCUUCAUGAACAACAACAACAACAACAACAACCCCUUAGACCCUGAGGAAUUCAGGAGACAAGGAUACAUGGUCAUUGAUUUCCUCGCCGAGUACUACAAGAAUAUCGAGAAGUACCCGGUUAGGAGCCAAGUCGAGGCCGGGUACCUUCGCAAGAGGCUACCGGAAUCAGCUCCGUACAACCCUGAGUCCAUGGAGACUAUCCUUAAGGACAUCCAAACCGAUAUCGUCCCGGGGCUAACACACUGGCAAAGCCCGAAUUAUUUCGCAUAUUUCCCAAGUAGUGGCAGCACAGCUGGUUUACUAGGAGAGACUUUAGCUGCAGGAUUCAAUGUUGUUGGAUUCAAUUGGAUAUCAUCUCCUGCUUCCACUGAACUCGAAAGUAUUGUUAUGGAUUGGUUAGCUAACAUGCUUAGCUUACCAAAAACCUUUACUUUUGCUAGCGGCGGCGGUGGUGUUAUGAUGGGAACAACCUGUGAAGCCAUCUUAACCACCAUCACCGCUGCUCGCGAUGCCCUCUUAGACAAAAUUGGACGUGACAACAUCAACAAACUCGUGGUUUACGGCUCCGAUCAAACUCAUUGCUCAUUCUUCAAGUCAGCCAAAAUCGCCGGGAUUUCUCCUAAGAACUUCCGCACAAUCAAAACCUCCAAGGCACACGCCUUUUCGCUCCGGCCAGAAUCCUUAAGAGCCACUAUUGAAGCCGAUAUCAACGCCGGCUUGAUCCCACUCUUCCUAGUAGCCACCGUGGGGACCACCUCAACAGCCGCUGUGGACCCCGUUGGACCCCUUUGCGACGUAGCAAAGGAGUACAACAUGUGGGUCCACGUAGACGCUGCCUAUGCCGGUAAUGCUUGCAUCUGCCCCGAACUCCGUCACAUGAUCGACGGAGUCGAAAAGGCCGAUUCAUUCAGCUUCAACGCACACAAGUGGUUCCUCACAACACUAGAUUGUUGCUGUCUUUUUGUCAAAGACCCUAACUCUCUUGUACGUUGUUUAUCAACCAAUCCUGAGUACCUUAAAAAUAAGGCUACAGACACUCAACAAGUCGUUGACUACAAAGAUUGGCAGCUAACACUUAGCCGCCGGUUCCGGUCCCUCAAGAUGUGGAUGGUUAUUCGAAGUUACGGAGUCGACUACCUCCGUAACUUCCUCCGCAGCCACGUCGACAUGGCUAUUUACUUUGAGCAGUUGGUUAACAAGGAUAAGAGGUUCGAGAUCGUUGUCCCUAGGAGUUUCGCCUUGGUUUGCUUCCGCCUUUCGGCUUCAGCUGUCAUUCAGUGUUCUGGACAGAAAUUCCUAGAAGAGGAAACUUUGAAUGAGAUCAACACCGAGUUACUCGAGUCCAUCAACUCGGCUGGCCGUAUUUACAUGACUCAUUCUCUAGUUGAUGGCACUUUUAUGAUACGUUUCGCGGUUGGAGCCACCCUUACUGAAAUUCACCACGUUACCUGCGCAUGGAAGGUUGUUCAAGAGCAUGCCACCGCUAUUCUAGCUCGCAGAAGCCGCAAUUGCUAAUAAUAGCAGUAAUAAUUCUACAACGAAAGCAUUGCUGAUUACGUGCUUUGUUAGUUGGUCAUUUUUUAACGAUAAAAUCGCGACGUUAAACAAAACUAAGGUAAGGAAUUAAGAAGGUUCCAUCUCCGGUGUUGUAAAUGAUAACGAUGAUGAACAUUGUACUUUUUUUUUUUACAAUAAAAUUAUUUUUUGUUUCUUAAUUUUAAAAAAAUAUUAGUGAGGUGGUAAAACGGAGGAAAAAAUGGUACGAAGGUAGGAAAAAAAUAUAAAUUAAAAUUUCUAUUUUCCCGCCUACCACUAGGUUUAUCUUCAAACCUCCCCACUACCUAAACUAAACCACUUAGCUUUAUUAUUAUAUUUUUUUUAUAUUUUGUAUCUAUUUUUAAUUAUUCAAGAGUGAAUCACUAUACCAACUUAAAUGUUUGUAAUGGACAGCAAACUAGUGCACGAACAAGCUUGUAUUUAGUACAAUAAUUUAUUUUUUUUAUUCUCUUUUUAUAUAUAUAUCAAUGAAGUGCAAAUUUGUAACACUUGUGUAUAUAUUAUACUUGUUUUUGUUUA